AUGCACUUAUCUUCAUUCCUUCUUUUGGUGGCAGUGAAAGGACGUCUGGGGUCUAUACCUUCAAGAUUUCUGAAAGUCACGAGUUCCAACGUCCAGUUACAGGACAUUAAGGCCUACAGACGUUCGCUGAGGCAGCAGGACACUCACUUCGGCCACCAGACUGUACCAGAAAAAUUAUUUCAAGCCCCACCCAAUACUUAUCUCUCACUCUGGCCUCGUCAGACGUUGGAACAAGAGAGCCUGGUAAGAAAUAACAUGCUUCAAAGUCAGCAGAGAGACUCUUAUGAUUCACAGAAUGACAUCUUUGAUUUGGAAACCCAGCAGUCAACAUCAUCAUUUUUGCUGAGUGCCAUCGAUGGCCCAAGGAACCUGGAGACAGACCACAGACGGAGAAUUGGUCUUACCUUAGACUUACCCAUGCCACACAGUGAACAUAAUACUCAACAACCACAACAGAAUGACUUCCCAGGAAAGCAUAAGUUCAGUCAUACAGAAUUCCAUUCACAGCAGCCUCCUAAUUCACAUGAUAGUGAAUUUCGACAAAAGAACGCUUUUGAAAACCAGUUUUUUGAGCAAUAUGAUCACAGUGCUAGUCGAUUUCAAGAGGAAAGCGAACGAUCACUGGAUCACCAGCAAAAUCUACAGCAUGGGAAUCAGCAUGGUACCCAAUUUCAGCAAGACAGCCUCCAUAACAAAUUCAAGAGAGACAGCCAACAUAUCCAAAUUCAACAGGAAAAUGUAUUCUUAAACGAUCAGAUUUUUCAACACAAGUCAACGAGUAACAACCAACACUCAGACCAAAACCAGCAGCUUCAACAUGCCAUGAAUAACCAUCAGUUCCCACAUGGAAUUUUUCCGAAAACCAGUCAAUUUCAACAACAAACUGCCUUCAGUAACAACCAAUUUCAUACAGAGGUCCUAUCAAAUAACCAUUCUCAGCAACAACUGCCUAACAAUAGCCCGUUUCAACGAGAUACCUCUACAAAUAAUAACGAAUUUCAGCAUCAAAACGAGUUCAGUAAUAAUCGAUUUCAGCAAGAAAUUCCCCCACAUAAUGACGAAUCUCAACGGAAUCCUUUCGACAACAAUAACUCCCAGCAAGACACACUGCCAACCCAAAAUUUUCAGGAAGAGACCCUACCCAACAUCAACGACCCACGUCAUGAAAACCUGGAAAUCGGCCACAAUCUGAAUCUUCAGCAAGACCAGCCAGGACGUCAAAUCCUCCACAAUAAUACAUCUGAAACCAGCACCUCUAUUUCUCAAGAUCAAGUGAAUAGUUCGUUGCAAGUACACAAUCAUCCCUUCACAUCCACAACCCAACAGAAGAGACAACUACAAUCCGUUUUUAUCCAUGGGCAGCCUGAGGAAAAUAUUCAUCAAACUACUCAAUCACAUCCACAUACUCUUCAAGGUGGAUUAAGAGAACAAAGAAAUCCUCAAAGCACACAAUUACAUCCGCUCGUUGUGAAUAGUAGAUUAACAGAACCACGAAAUAUUCAGAAUAUACCAUUAAAUCCGACGCCAAAUGUUAUCACCACUUCUCAAAACCAUGUGAAUAAUUCAUUCCAGGUACAAGAUGCAACAUAUACCCCAAAGUUUACAACAGAACAGCAGAUUGAACAAUUGGAAUCCCUUUUUCUUUCAAAUGGACAAUCAGAAAGUCUUGAGUACAUACAGUCAGAAGAGCAAAUACCACAGACUUUACAUCCUGGAUCGCAAAUUCUCCAAACGAGACGAGCGGAGCAAGGCCAUCUUCAAACCACCCGAUCUGACGAACAAACUCAAAAGAGUGGAUUCAGAGACCAAAGAAAUGCCCAAUCAGAUUCACACAUUCAAGUAAGUGGAUCAACAGGCCAAAGCCAACCCCAACACAUACAGUCAGAUCUUGUUCUUGCAAUUGAUUCAGCAAGCGAAAGACCUCAAGCCCUUAUUCCACAUACACAAGGAAGUGGAUUAAGGGAACAGAGAAACCCCCAAACUGCAACACCCAAUUCGCAUAUGGUAAUAGGACACAACGAUCCACAAAGAGAACUUUUCACACCACAGAAUUCGGACCCAAACUUUGGCCAUUUACCAUCGGCUACCACGAGACAUCAGAAUGAAGAAAGCAAAUUUCUCAACAUCUUCGAUUCACAAAGCAAAGGCGGGAUUCACUCUGAAACAACAGGUCCUUUGAUAAAUCUCCAUUCUGGCUCCGAAAAUGGUGAUACACAGGUGACUGUUUCGGAAUCCUUACACUCCGCUCAACUUGAUUUUGAGGUAAGUACUGUUGCACCCCCAAAUUGGCGCAAUGGACUGACAGCAUCACAAGGCGUUGGCAAUAGUGGGCUCCAGGCGCAACAUUCUCAGGGUAAUUUCGAGUCUCAGAAUCAAGAUGAGUUUGAACGUAUUUUUCAGCGAAAAAGAGAAUCGCAGAAUAUUCAGAAAAAUAUUGACCCUCAUCAGACUAAUGUGGAAAACUUGAAUCUACAGAGACAGAGCAAUUCUGGUUUUCAAAUUCAAAACAAUGAAUCAUUUAAUCAAGAUCACUUUAAUUCCCAAAAGCUUACUGAUUUUGGUUUAUCAAAUCAGGAUCACAAUUUUCAAACUCAAAAUUUCGAUUUUCAUUUUCAAAAUCAAAAUAAUUUCGAGGCUCAAAAUCUGAAUAAUUUACAGCUUCAAAAUCAAAAAGAGAAUUUUAGACAGAAUAUCUUCAUACCUCAAAUGAAUGACGAAAAUCUAACUCAGAACAGUUCUUCUCUAAAUCAAAAUCACAAUGAUCAAAACACCAGAAAUCAAAAUCAAAAUCAAAAUGCCUUUUUAAAUCACGAAUUCCCAAGUCAAAAUCAAAACCAGAAUAUAUUGGAAGCUCAAACUCUUCUAAAUAACGCCAAACUUCCUAUAAGACAAAAUAACUUCGAGGAUCUAAACAGAAAUCAGGAUAACUUGCAAAUUCAAAUUCAAAGCCACAAUGAAUUCCAAGCUCAAAAUCUAAAUCUAAACAACGCCAAACUUCAAAUUAGACCACAAAAUAACUUCCAAUCUCACGAACAUCAAAAUAACUUUCCGAAUCUAAACGGAAAUCAGGAUAACUUUCAAAUUCAAAUUCAAAAUCACAAUACCUUCCCAACUCAACCCUUGAUUCAAAAUAACUUUCCUCAAAAUCAAGCUGGAAAACAAAACAACUUUCAGAAUCAAAAUCAAAAUCUAAAUAUUUUCAAAUCUCAAAUUCAAAAUCAGAAUAACUUCACUCAGAAUCAGAACCAUAACUCCCCCAGUCUCCAGCAAAAUGACUUCCUAAAUCAAAAUCAAAAUCUGAAUAACUUCCAAUUUGAAACACAAAAUCUGAAUAGCUUUGAAGACCAAAACCAGGCUCAGCACUUCCACCUUCAAACUCAAAAUCAAAACAACCAAUUUCAAACUCAAAUUCAAAAUAAUUUCCAAUUUCAAACUCAAAAUCAAAAUAACUUCCAAUCUGAACCCAAAAAUCAUAAAAGAUUUGCAAAUCUAAACCAAGAUCAGAUUAGCUUUCAAUCUCAAACUUCAAAUCCAUUCAACUUGCAAAACCCAAACCACAAUGAGAAUAAAUCCCAAUUUGAAUCUCAAAAUCAGAAUAACUUUUUAAAUGAAAACCAAAAUCAUAGUAACUUACAAUUUCAAAUUCAAAAUCAGAGUAACUUGCUAAAUCAAAACCAGAAUCAAUAUGUUAAUAUAACUCAAAAUCAGCAAAUAUUUUCAAAUCAAGAACAGGAUCAGAGUAACUUUCAAUUCCAAUCUCAAAAUCGGAAUAACUUUCUGAAUCAAAAUCAGGAUAAUAACUUCCAAUCUCAAACUCAAACUCAAAAUAGCUUUCUAAAUCAAAAUGACUUUCUGAACCACGUCCAGAAUCAGAGUGACUCCCAAUUUCAAACUCGGGAUCAGAAUAACUUUCUACAUCAGAACCGGGAUGACGGUAACUCCCAGUCUCCGACGCAGAAUUGGCAUAACUUCGUAAAUCAAAACCAAGAUCCGAAUCACUUCCAAUCUCAAAGCCAAAAUCAUAUCAACUUCACAAGUAAUAAUCUUGGAAAGGCGUUAUUGCAACCACUCAAUCAACCAAAUGGAACUUUUGGAGAUAACAAUUCAAGUUUUCAAAAUCUGGACAAUGGUCCUUUGCAAAAUUUACAAAAUGUUGAUUUAGAGCAGCAAGAUUUGAAAAUCGGCGGCCUUGAAAUCCACUCUCUGGAAAACCAAUCGAUAUCUUCAAAGUUUAACAAAACCGGGUUUCAAAAUCCGGGAAAAUCUAUUACUGAAAAUCCUCUGAACACGGAUCAGAUUUCGUCCGGUCAAAGUAAUUUUGAAAGCAGUCCCCCUUCACAUACUUUUCAAAACAACUUGAGCUUCGUCACUCAAGGGAUUCCUCAAGUGCCAAAUGUUCAACAUAAUUUUGAGGACAAAGGUAAUUUCUUCUCGCAAAACAUUCAUGGCAAAUUUAAAUCCAUAGAUGUUGAGGAUACUAUUGAUUCUGACACUCAAGAUCCUCAAACUAAUUUUCAUUCAGUAGAAACUCACAGCAAUUUCGUUCCAUCAAAUAUUCAUACCAAUAUGGACUCGAAUAUUCAUAGUAAAUUCGUUGGUACAAAUAUCCAGAGUGAUUCGAGUACACAGACUUUCCAAAAUAAUGCUGAUCCUACAGAUAUUCAUGGUAUUAUAAACACCCAAGAACAUCCGACUACUUUCCAAACACAAGUUUCAAAUAUCGGCUCGAAUGUAAGUGAAUUUAAUUUCAAAUCAGAAAAUCCUACUCGGCAAAGCAUUCAAAACAAUUUUAAUUUUGGACAUGAUCAAAGUCAUUUUAAUCCAGAACAUACUACCAGUAGCAUAACGUUACAGAAUACUCAAGACGACUCCAGUUCACAGUUCUUUCAAACCAGUUUUAACACAAAUGUUCAAACUCUGCAUAAUACUCAGAAUAUCCCAAAUAACCUAAACUCGCAACAUGCUCGAAAUAAUUUAAGUUUACAAAAUAUUCCUGGUAGCUUCGACUCACAACAUAUUCAAAGUAAUUCCAGUUUACAGAACACUUUUAGCUCCCAAACUAUUAAAAGUAAUUUUGAUUCUCAGAAUAUUCCGGACAGUAAUACCGAAUUAUCAAAUGAUCAAAAUUUCGGGAAAACUCUCUCAGGUUCCACGCAUCUCAGAAUCGAACAAUCAAAUUCACAAAAUCUUGAAGAAUUCGAUUUGGAAAAACUAUUUACUAAUAAAUCUGGGUCCGAGGUUCAGGAAAACAGAGAUUUCCCAUCACAAAAUCUGCCAAUUCUCGAUUCAGAAUUAAAAUACACCUUCAAAGUGGACUUUUCCAUCCACCAACUCCGAGUAGCAGCGUUCUCGGGAAUGUUCAUAAUGGUUUUAGUUCACAAAAUCAAAGCAAUUUUCAGUUACUUAACCAGCAAAGCAACAGUGAAUCACAAAGUAUUUCAGAAUAUCCAAAGUAAUUUUAAUUCACCAAAUAUCCAAAGCAAUUUUGAAUCACAGAAUAUUCAAGGUAAUUUUGAGGCCCAGACUCUGGGAAAAGGCUUUUCAGAAUUGAAUAACCUCCAAAAUAAUUCAUCUGAGGAGCAAAAUUUCAAUUCGCGAUUUACGUCGCAGAAUCUGGGGAAAAGUUCUUCAGAAUCAAAGGAUUUCCAAAAUCGAUUACCUGAAUCACAAAAUAUGGAAAAUAGUAACGCCAGUAAUCUAGAAAACAAUAAUUUCCAGUCUCAAAAUCUUUCUCAAAAUCUAGAGGAUCGUUUCCAGUCUCAGAAUCAGAAAAACACCAAUUUUCAGGCUGAAACUUUGGGAAAUGUUGAAUCAGAAUUUAGUCAUCUGCUAAGUGGGCGUUUGCAGCCUCCAACGAGGGACUUCACCUAUUACGAAUCUCUUGGUGCUCAAAACAAUUUUGAUGCGCAGAAUUUUCAAAACAGCUUCAAUCCUGAGUAUACCCAAAUUACACUGAAUUCACAAAAGAGCCAGACUGACACAGAGCCACAAAAUAGAGACAAACUGUUCAAGGGCAAUCUGUCAUCACAAAAUCCGAGAAAUGAAGGAUUUGCAUCACAAAGCCAUCAAACGGAAGACUUUGCGACCCAAAACAUCAAAAGGAGUCCGUCAUUGUCGCAGAAUCAGGGAAAUGGUGGUUUUGAAACGCAUAAUCAGAGCGACCACGCACUUCUCCAAACACUCGGACUCGAGUUCAAGACGAAGAAAGUCAUAGCUCAGAGCCAAGACCUCACGAACUUCUCUCAGAACCAGAAACCCAGGCAGCCCAAGAAGGGGAAAUUAGCCAACUGCAAAAUCAACCAAUUCACACGACGCAACAGAGCAUGCAAAUUCAAUUUUGAGCCCCUGCGUUUACAAAAUGGCGAUAACCCGAAGAAAUCAAACGGAGAUAGUCAUUCGUUCAGACUCAGAGUGGAAAAACUGAUCUUCAAAGUCAAAGCAGAAGAUACAGAAAGCGGUUGA